AUGUUGCCACAACAUCUACUCAUCCUGGUGUCCAUCGCGCCUUGCCUUGCUAUUUGGCCCCAACCUGCUGAGAUCCGAACCGGUCACCGAGUAUUGUGGCUUGAUCCAGCCCUUCAUGCAACUCUUCGCUGCGAAGAGAAAACAAUUGAUGUCUAUGGCACUGCAAACUCUCAGGGGAGUCAUCUGGCAGGCGUGCUCAACGGCGCUUUCGGAUUCACACAGGGCCUGAUGGAUAAGCUCCAAUUCGCUUUUGUGACCAGAAACAGUAGUGACCAGCCUUGUUUCUCUGAGAGAUCAAUUGUGCAGAAUGCCGUACGCGAGGCCAUUCAAUCAAUCCAACAGUCCAACUUCGUCCCUUGGAAGCUUUACAAACGACAUUCGACUUUUGAGCCUGAUCCACAUGCUGCUCGUCGUUACAUUUCCACGUUGCAUAUUCAGCAAAAGUCAUGUCCGGCAUCAGAGCCACUCUCCCCGGAAAGCUAUUUUGGAGGUGAUGAAUCAUAUCUAAUUGAUAUCGACGACGACGGUAUCACUUCUAUCAAGGCAAACGGCAGCAUUGGGACGAUCAGAGGCCUACAGACUCUUGAACAGCUGUUUUUUGCCCACUCAACAAAGUCGGGUUCAUACACACCAUUUGCACCUUUGAGAAUAGCCGAUAGAGCCAGAUGGCGUCAUCGCGGGUUGAGCAUUGACAUAGCGAGAAAUCCCUUUGAGUCACAAGACCUCCUACGCACAAUCGAUGCAAUGGCAAUGGCUAAGUUGAAUAGAUUGCACAUCCAUGCGACUGAUUCGCAAAGUUGGCCUCUCGAGAUACCCUCCCUCCCGGACUUGGCUCGGAAAGGGGCGUAUCAACCCCAUCUCGUAUGGAGCGCCAACAACCUCCGUGAGAUCCAGAUGCAUGGUGCUGCCAAGGGCGUUUCGGUCUUCAUUGAAAUCGACAUGCCGGGGCACACGGCGUCGGUGACCUAUGCAUAUCCCGACCUGGUUGCGGCAUUCAAUGAAUUAGAUUGGUCAACAUUUGCCGCAGAACCUUUGAGUGGCCAGCUUAAGCUCAAUUCAUCGGACGUGCACAGAUUUGUUGCCACUGUCCUUGACGACCUUUUGUCGCGAACGAGUCCUUACACGUCAUUGUACCACGUCGGUGGCGAUGAGUUGAAUCGAGCGGCCUAUCUCCUCGACGAAACUGUGCAGAGUGACGACCCGGGAGUGCUGCAGCCACUGCUACAGAAAUUCAUCGACAGUGUCAUCGAAGCAAGCAUCCGGCAUGGCAUGCAGCCAGUUGUCUGGGAGGAGAUGCUCCUUGACUGGAAUUUGACACUGCCUUCUGCUAUGGAUAGUGCUCCGUCGAGACAGACCUUGGUCCAAGUUUGGCGGAAUAGUGAGCGAAUCGAAGAAGUAUUGAAAAGAGGCCACCGAGCAAUAUUUGGAGACUACCACUUUUGGUAUCUCGACUGUAAGUACCUCCCUUACAACACAUCGGGCGGAUACUCGAGCAAAUUAGAAAAGCCAUAUCUUGACUAUUGCAACCCUUAUCACAACUGGAGGCAGAUGUAUACUUACAAUCCACUGGCGAAUAUUAGCGCUGAUCUCCAAGAGGGCAUUGAGGGAGGCGAAGUAUUAAUGUGGUCUGAGCAGACUGACUCGAGCGACCUUGAUUCAAAGCUUUGGCCUCGAGCUGCGGCUGCGGCAGAAGUGCUGUGGGCGGGAGUAAGGCAAGAAGCGAUGCUAGAGGACGCCACUAGACGACUGGGGGAAUGGAGAGAAAGAGGGGUCAUGGAUCUGAGGAUGCGCAUGUCGCCAGUGACCAUGACAUGGUGUUUGAUGGAAGGUGGGUGCAACUUGUAG